CCCGCCGUGGCGAGACUGGGAAAGCGAAAGCAAAUAAGUUUCAAUUUCGUAACGCCACGUCAUCUCCUUCUCUACACUCCACGAAAACCAUACACUCAAAAACAGCCAAGCGCCUUUUUUAUUAUUUCAAAACAUCUUUUUCUCUGAUUUAGGGGAUCAAUCUCAGUUCCCUCGAUCUCCAAUUUCUUUUCCCUAAAAUUCGUUGUGAAAAUACAGAAAUCGUAAUUGCAAAGAUGAAUAUAUUCAGAUUUGCCGGUGACAUGACUCAUUUAAUUAGCAUCUUAGUGCUACUCCUCAAAAUCUACGCUACCAAGUCUUGCUCAGGUAUUUCGCUGAAGACACAGGAGCUGUAUGCGCUGGUGUUUUUGGCUCGCUACUUGGAUCUCUUCACGGAUUUUGUAUCUGUGUACAACACCGUCAUGAAGGUGGUCUUCAUCGUCAGCUCUGUCGCCAUUGUUUGGUGUAUGAGAGUGGACCGAAUCGUGAGGCGUUCUUACGACAAGGACCUCGACACGUUUCGUCAUCAUUUUCUCAUCUUGACAAGCUUUCUCUUGGCGCUUUUGGUCCAUGAAAAGUUCACGUUUCAGGAGAUAUUCUGGGCAGUUUCAAUAUACUUGGAGGCUCUUGCUAUUCUUCCCCAAUUAGUUUUGCUACAACGGAGUGGAAAUGUGGAUAAUUUAACUGGGCAAUAUGUCCUGUUCUUAGGGGCUUAUCGUGCAUUCUACAUUCUUAAUUGGAUUUAUCGAUAUUUUACGGAGCAGCAUUUUACUCGAUGGAUAGCAUGUGUCUCUGGUAUUGUCCAAACAGCCCUCUAUGCAGAUUUCUUCUACUAUUAUUUCGUCAGUUGGAAAAACAAUGCUAAACUGCAGCUACCAGCUUGAGCCGAGAGAAGUUCUUUUUCACUUCAUAGAAAUCGAAGUUAUGGAGCAAAGGUAGUGUUGGAACAGCAUCCGUCGCAAUUGUUUUUUUGAAUUUUGAAGAGGAAGAGGAAGAGGAGAAUUCAUUACAUAUAUGUGUAGAUAUACAGAUAGGUAGAUAUAGUUGUGAACAAAAUUAGUAGGAGAUAGUUGUUGUAUUUCAUCAGCCUUGCCUACCCCCGUUAUUAAUUGUAAUGAGUGAGUUUUGAGUUUGUAAAGGUACUAUAAUGAUUGCAAUGGGGGAAGGUGAAAAAUGAAUGGAGGCAAACCAGCAGUGUGGUUGGGACUUGGGAGGGGAGGUGUAAUGUUCCUUCUUGUUCAUCUUCAUGUGAGCAUGAGUCGGUUAAAACUGAUUUAAUUGGUCCAUCCAUUCUGUUAA